AUGGACGCUCAAAAAAAGCUUCAGGCUCUCUCAGACGAGUUUCAGCAGCUGCAGACCGAUCUCGAAAGUCUGGUCGACGCCCGCCAAAAGCUGGAGUCGCAACAACAGGAGAACCAGGGCGUGCAAAGCGAGUUUGCGCAGCUCGAUGAUGAGUCAAAUAUAUACAAGCUUGUUGGACCUGUUUUGUUGAAGCAGGACAAGACAGAGGCUGUCAUGGCUGUCAAAGGUCGAUUGGAGUUCAUCGAGAAAGAGAUCAAGCGCAUUGAAAAGGAAAUUGAGGAGAAGCAAGAGACCGCCGAGAAGAAACGUGUAGAGAUUAUGCAAUUCCAAAGCCAAGUCCAGCAGCAAGCCUCCGAAUAG